CUGAGAUUUGACACAUCAACAUGGCGGCGCACAGGAUAGCAUGUUUCGGGCUAAAUGCCCUUUAUUCCUCGAUUUGUGUCCAGAAGCAGGCCCUGAGGAGCUGCUGGGGAGCGGUGGAGCAGGUCAGAGGGUACUAUGUCGACUGGAGGAUGCUGAGGGACGUCAAGAGAAGACAGAUGGCUUUUGACUACGCGGAUGAGAGGUUACGGAUCAACGCGCUGAGAAAGAACACCAUCCUGCCCAAAGAGCUUCAGGAAAUAGCAGACAAGGAGAUUGCAGCGCUGCCUCGGGACAGCUGCCCUGUCAGGAUACGGAACAGGUGUGUGAUGACAUCCCGUCCUCGAGGGGUGAAGCGGCGAUGGAGACUGAGCCGGAUCGUCUUCCGACAUCUCGCCGACCACAGUCAGAUGUCUGGAAUUCUGAGAGCGAGGUGGUGAAUGAAUGGACUGUUUCUGUAGUUUUAUGAGCUGAAGGGAUGGACAUCAGCAUUUCACACACCUCUAAAGGAAGAUCGUUUCAGGCUUCCAGUUGCUGAAGCUCAUUGUUUGUGUAAACUUGAGGAAUAAUGUUAAUGUGACUCCUGAGAGGCAAAAAUGCCUAUUUAUCUGUCUGAUCUCACAAAUAAAUGAAUAAAUAUCAGA